UUCUCAGACAAAUAAUAACCUUAAACUGGAAGAGAAAAGGCUGCCUUCACCCUCGUUAGUAGCAAUUGCCUAGCCCCCAGCUGCAUCAUCGGAUUCUCCCGUUGCCUGCACAGAACCGGGAGGAAGAAUCUAUGUUCAGUGACUAUUGUGGUGGGAGACACGCUGCUAUAAAUCUGUCUUUCAAUGAUUUGGAGCCACAGUUUUAUCUGAAGUUCUCGGACCCUGGAGACCUGGGAUUCGCCGUCAGACAGCCAGGCCUCCAUCAGAAUGCACCUGCAAGGCCCUUGGAGAGGCGCGCUGGCCAAGAGAAAUUCACUGCCCCGACGCAGCUGCACUUCCGUCCAGGUAUUCCAGCAGAGACUGUUCUAAAGGAUGAACGGCUGGCUCCUUUGGAUGUGGCAAACAGAGAUGAAGAUACCUGGGUUUUGGAUUGCAGAUUGGGGCAGUCAAACCCAUUUACUGAUUCAAGUGAGAAGGAAAAAAUCAACAGAAAUAUAUUACAUUUGAGUCUGGAACUGAAUGUGAGUAGAACUCUAUGCUGUAUUGGAUUUCAACAAGUAUGUUGAAAUAU